UUUUGGUUUCAUUUGGUAGUUAGGUGCUGCAACAAGUAUAAAAAUAGUGUUACUUUUAGAGAUGGGCUCUACGUAUAUGCAAUUUGCCAUAAUUAUUUUAUUAACUGGACAGUUAACGAAUGGCCAUCACUGGGGAUACAGCACAGAAGAACAGGCAAAAUGGAAGGAACACUACAAAUCGUGUGGAGGUCAUCGUCAAUCUCCAAUUAAUAUCUAUGAUGCCACUGGCAAACGCCUAAAUCCUUUCAAACUGCAAAAUUACCGGGACCCAUUACCAGGACCCCUAAUGCUGCAUAAUAACGGUCAUACAGUGGUUUUACAAAUUGCCCAUCCUCGACGUGGUCAAUCCGUUCCUUAUAUAACUGGAGGUUGGUUGUCAAAAAGCUAUCAAUUCGAAUCUCUUCAUUUUCAUUGGGGCGAGAGGAGUGAUUUCGGAUCCGAGCAUACCUUCACUGGCAAGAGAUAUCCGAUGGAAAUGCAUAUGGUACAUAGAAAUAAAAAUUAUCGCACUAUGGAAGAGGCAAUGAAGCAUGCUGAUGGGUUAAUGGUUCUUGCUUUUUUUUAUGAGCUUCGUAAAGAUGAUAACAAACAGCUAGAUCAGCUGGUAAAACAUCUUCCCCGUGUCUACGCUCCUCACGCAAACAUAACCUUAACUGAAACGUUUGCACUAGCAUCACUUAUACCUUCUAGCGAAAAGAUGCGGAUUUACUACACGUACAAAGGAUCUCUUACAACACCGCCAUGUUCAGAAGUUGUCACAUGGAUUGUAUAUCCAAAUCCGAUGCCUGUAUCGGAAGUUCAAUUGAACAAAUUUCGAAGCAUGUUCGGCCAUGACACCCACACAAAAUUGACCAACAACUUCAGAUAUGUACAAGACAUUGGUAGCAGAGAAGUUAUUGCCCGCAUACCUAGAAUCAAACCACCAAGACCGAUUUUUAAACCAUGAAUGGUGUAGGCUUCUUCAUAAAUAUCGCAUGCGUUUAUGGAUAUUACUAAUGUGUCAUAAAAGCUAUACUUCUAGUGUAUUUAAUAUGUAGUGUAAAUAAAUUAUUGAUUACAA